CUUGACCAAUCAUAUUAUCAUGCUUCAUCUUGAUCCUAAUAUUACCUACCAUGAUAAUGGUGGUUUUAGUUGGCAUCCUUUUUCCGGUGAAAUUAGUGCCUCUUUGGUCCAGCUCCAAUAUUUGGAGUAUUUGGAUCUUAGUUACAAUCAUUUCACUAAAAUUCCAAAGUUUAUAGGAGCCUUCACAAAUCUCCAAUAUCUUGAUUUUUCACAUAAUUCUAUAACUGGAAAUAUUCCUUCAGAACUUGGAAACCUCACCAAGUUACGUAUUCUUGACCUUAGUCACUCUAUUAGUUUCAAAUGGCAUUUAAAUUUGGGUAAAAUAAUUGAAUUCAAUAACAACUCAUUGAUUCAAGUACCGAAAUCUAUAGGGGGUCUUUGCAGGCUUCAAGUAUUAGCUUUGUCUAAUAAUGAAUUCAAUUCCACCAUCAUUGAUAUCUUGGAAAACCUCCUUAACUGCAAUAACAACUCAUUACAAAUUCUUGAUUUGUCUCAUAAUAGACUAAUUGGACCACUGCCUAGAGAUUUGUCAAGAUUUUCGUACUUGAGAGAGUUGGAUGUGUCAUACAAUAAGUUCAAUGAUACUUUACCUGAGAGUAUCGGCAAGCUCUCUAGUCUUGAGUUAUUAGACAUUUCCAAUAAUUCUUUCAUUGGAUUUGUCUCUGAAACACACCUUGAGAAACUCUCCAAAUUGAAACAACUUGACUUAUCUUCCAACUCUUUAACUUUGAAAACAAAUAUCACAUGGGUUCCUCCUUUUCAACUCCAAUCUAUCAAUUUGAGAUCUUGCAUGAUAGGACCACAGUUUCCUUCUUGGCUUCAAACACAGUCAAAUAUUUCACAUAUUGAUUUAUCUAGUUCUGGAAUAUCUGAUGUCAUUCCUGAAUGGUUUUUCAAUAUGACUUCCAAUUUAGCUUAUUUGGAUUUAUCUUCCAAUCUUAUCAACAACACCUUGCCAAAUAGUCUAUUGGAAUCUAAUAAUAAGUCUCCACACGUGGAUUUAAGCUCUAACAAAUUUCAUGGAUGUAUCCCACCAAAUCUUCUUCUCAAAGCAAGUAGAUUAGAUCUUUCCAAUAAUACUCUCACAUGUUUUGAGCCUCUCUUCUGCGAUCAAAUUGAUGGAACAACGUGGUAUCUUGAUCUUUCUAAUAACCAGUUAUUUGGAAGCAUUCCAAACUGUUUGUUCCAUUUAUUACGAAAUUUGAGAUAUCUCAAUUUGAACAACAAUAGGUUGUCUGGUGUGAUACCAAGCUCAAUAGCUUCCUUGUAUAGAAUUUGGGCACUAGGUUUGAGGAAAAAUAACUUGUCAGGAACUUUACCAUCAUCCAUGAAGAAUUGUACACAAUUGUCAAUUCUAGAUGUUGGAGAGAACAGCUUGGGUGGAACUAUACCAAAGUGGAUUGGGGAAAUACUAACAGAUUUGGUUGUUUUGCAACUAAAGUCUAAUCAUUUUUAUGGAAAAAUACCAUCAAGUCUAUGUCGUCUACAAUAUAUUCAGAUAUUGGACAUUUCCCAUAAUAAGAUUUAUGGCGCUAUCCCAUCUUGUAUAAAUAAUUUCACAUCCAUAGCGAAGAAAUCUGAAGAAUAUCAUAGUCGUCAUUUAAUUGGAUCAAUUGAGACGUCGCUAACAUGGAAAGGAAAGGAAUAUGAGCAUAUACAAAAUUUGGAUUUAUUUAGAGUCAUUGAUAUUUCAAGUAAUAAAUUGAUUGGAGAGAUUCCUAUGGAGUUGACUUAUCUUGUGGGACUAAAUCAGUUGAACUUGUCAAAAAAUAGUUUGGGUGGAGUCAUACCUCAGAUUAUUGGGAAUUUAAGUGGACUAGAAUCACUAGAUUUGUCUCAUAACAAUUUUAGUGGAAAAAUUCCUACUGGCUUGGCAGAAUUAUCUUUCUUGGCAUACUUGAAUCUAUCAUUUAAUCAUUUGUCAGGAAAGAUCCCCACAGGUACUCAAUUGCAAAGUUUUAGUACUUCUUCAUAUGGUGAAAAUUUUGGAUUAUGCGGACUUCCUCUUUUGACUGAAUGCCCUGGAGAUCAUGCAAUUUCUAGAAAUCAUGACAUUAAAAACUACAAUGAACUCCGUCAAGAAUGGUUUGAUAUGUCAUGGUUUUUCAUUGGUCUUGAAUUUGGAUUUGCUCUUGGUUUUAUUGGAGUUUGUGGAGCUUCGUUCCUAAGCUUUUAUCGGAGACUUGCUUAUUUUCGGUGCUUAAAUAAAUUUGAAGAUUGGCUUUAUGUGAUGAUAAACGUUAGAGUUUCUAAAUUGAAGAGAUACUUCAAUGCUAAAUGAUUCAUUUUUGGAGAUCUCAUCUUGGAGAGCUGUAGAAAUUAAUAAUCUAUUCCCCUGGACGAGAGAACUAGAAAGAGAAGAACAAAGAUUUAGUGAUUGUUCAUUAAAUUUUCUUUAAGAUAUAUAUGUGUACUAGCUAGUCUAUUUUCAGCUAUAUAUAGCAUGUUAUCAUUUGUAUUUCUUUUUUUUUUUUUUCUAGUAAAAUACUUUAUAUGGAUAUGGUAUUUUAUAUAAGAAAUAAAUAAAUGUAUCUUUUUGUUAUUUGAGUAUUUUUUACAUUGAUUUGGCUAAAUGUGUACCUUGAACUUUAAAGAUAAAUUCAGAUUAAUGAGAUCAAAA